CGCGCUCUCGCUGGUGGUUGCGACAUACAACAUGCAAGCUUUAAACGAAUAAGCAAAAACCCAACUCAUCCUGAAGCAGGGCCACUGAGCACAACCGGCAACAUGACUUUAUAAAAGACUCUUGGGGUCAAGUUAUUUCCUUCGUUAGAAGAAAACAAGAGAUAUAUAGAGACUGACAGGCUUUUUUGGACAUUUUGGUUUUAAGUUAUUCACUUCUACGCCUAUCCAGUGGAGGAUAAUAUUAUUACAACCCCACGACUACCAUCCGAACGGUUAACGCUGUUGCGUCAGAUAUUGUCGGUCUCCAAAGUAUAUCCAGACAAGCGUUUUAGGUGAAGCAGGCACCUGCUCCACGCACGGGCAACACACAAGACGCAUACCCACACGCACGUCCACACACAAAACACAGAGUGCGCAGACUCUUCUUCCACCUCGCUUCCCCAUCGUUUCCCUCCUUGUGCCCAUGCUAUCAAUGUCGUCUAUAAAGCCUUCACCCCUGCCUCCAACGGUCCAACUCCCAGAGUACUUCCACCUCGUUGACGUCAAUCACCUAACCCAGCUAAUAGCUGACAUGUUAAUCCGCCUCACAUCCCACAACGACCAAAUACCGCUAACAAGCUCAAAUUUGACCCGGUUCCACUCGCGCGCACCACCAGGAAUAAGUAUACCAGAGUACCUCAAGCGGAUCGUGAAAUAUGCGUCGAUUGAACGUGUGUGCCUGUUGAUACUGUUGAUUUACAUUGAUCGCGUUUGCGAGCGUCAUCGGGGAUUCACUAUUUCAAGCUUGACGGUACAUCGAUUUGUCAUUACCGGGAUUACAUGCGCCUCCAAGGCGCUGUGCGAUUCAUAUCUGACGAAUACAAUGUAUGCCAAAGUGGGCGGAAUUACAACAAAGGAACUCAACAUUCUCGAAUUGGAAUUUUUAUUUUUGAUCGAUUGGCAUUUGGCUGCCAAUGUAGAGAUGCUACAAAAAUAUUACGCGAAUCUCGUGCGGCAGCACCCGUACUAUACAAGGUUGACAAAACCUAUACUAUCCCCAGUUUCACCCUCCUCGACGGACAGUAUGGUAUACUCUGUUGUAAACUCUGUACAGAUGCAACGGUCAUCCUCCGAAAUAGAAUGGGUUGAUUGAUUAAAAACUCCCCUCCAGACGGAGAAAACGUCCCUUUUCAUAUUUACAAAUGCAUGCACCACACGCAUGUACAUUACCCACCAAAAUAUAAAAAACAUUAACAAGCAAAUUAU